AUGUCGAACAAGCUUUGUAUUAUUCCUAUUGGCGAUUAUGCUCCAAUGCAAGACUUCAUUACAGCCAUCACAACCGAUGGAGAAACAAUCCCUAUCAAAAACAAGUACUUUGAAUGCGAAAUUAAAGUUGAUAUGAAUUAUAAGAACAAACCUGUUGCAGUUAUUUGGGUAGGUUUUGCCAGAUUCGUUGAUAUGAUGCCUCCAAAUGCUGAAAAAUUCCAAGAUUGUGAGCUCAGACUCAUUUUAAGAGUCCUUGAAGAUGGUGACCAAGAAGAAGUUCCAGCGAAAAUUUCUGAUUGGGAAGUAGAAUCAAUGGCAGAAGUAAUAAAUAUCAGAAUGUCUACAAUUGAAGAAGAAUUAAAGAAUUUCCGUUCUGGAAAAGCACGCUCAUCUCUUUUAGAUGAGGAACAGCAACCAGCAGGUACACGUAUUAUGGAAUCAUUAGAACUUGUUGAUUGGCCGAUUAAGAUGUCAGCAGGCAAACCAAGAAUGGAACAAAGAAUUGAGCAAAUGGUCGCAUUACUUAAAUCAAAUGACCCAGAAUGCGAGAACUUCGAUCAAGCUCUUAGCAUCAUGAUGGAAUUGAAGGAUCAAAUACCGAAAUUACCAGACGCUGAACGCCAUAAAUAUGCCGCAGCUGUUGCACUUGCUUUUGGCGAAAUGCUCGGUGUAGGCGAUGAAGAAGAAGAGCAAGCCGAAGAAGGUGCGGCUGCCCAAGAACCAAACCAAUAA